UAAAAAUAAACGCCAAACGAAAGAACUCCUUUUUGGAAUUAUUAAAAAUAUUAACACAAUUUUAUAAUCAACAAGUAAAACAUUUUAAACUUAAGAAAAUGAACGAAAUGACAGAUUUACCUCAUGAUUUGCUUAGCUUCAAAACUGAUUUUGAUGAUAUCAUUGUUACUGCCACCGAAGCAGAAUCUGAAAUGACCGAUCAAGCUGUUAACUACCUUCUCGAUGAAAUAAUUAAAAAGAAAAAAGAACUACACGACCCUAGACAUCGUUGCAACAGAUUUUUCGGCGAGAUCCGUGACCUCCUGAUAGCGCAAUGUGGACUAUUCUUUAGUAUACGAACUCUGGAGAGGAAAUAUCAUUAUUUAAAGAGACACUUUGAUACCCUGUGCCAAAACAACAGUCGUGCCUCCGCGGAUUGGCCAUACUUUGAUAAAAUGAUGGAAAUCUUUGCCGAGGAAUUGCACAUCGAAGAUGCACCGACAAUGGCAUCUCUCUAUCCAGCCCUGCCUCUGCCAAAGUCUGCUCUCCCAAUGACACAGGGUGCGAGAGAAGAUAAUGGAAAAUUAGCUGGAGAUUCACCUCAACAAGAAGAUGCAAAGCCUUCUAUGGAAUCCCAAGAGGAAGAAGUUAAAGAAACAACCUGGAAUCAUGCAGUCGUUCUGGAUUUCUUGAAAAUAUGCGUUCAGAAAAAGGACCGAUUCUGGGAUCCCGCACACCGUCGUCGUGAUAUUUUCAUUGAUAUUCAAAACGAAAUGCAAGCCAAGGGCUAUACAUUCAAAUUGGCUGCUCUCGAUCGAAAACUCAAGAACUUAAAGACCUGCUAUCAUAUAUCGGCCCAAUCGGUGCGAAAAAAAACUACCAUACGAAAUGGUCGAACUCGCUGGCCUUAUUUUGAAGAAUUGGACAAGCUCUACAACGGAUUCAAAGAAAGCAAAGUGGCUCGGAAAAAAUCAGGUCGCAAGGCAAGCAAAAUGGACAACACUGUUGUUCGCCGGAGAUGCAGGAGACAAAGAUUUUCGACCACUAAAGUAGAGCCUCCUGAAGAAACAUCAAAUUUGGAUGGGAAUCCCACAUCAACAGCAAAGUAUCGUCCCAUUCGAUGUAAGCCGGAACCUAUUGAACAUUACCAUGUUCCAGCGCCAGAUGCUUAUGAGAGCGAUAACAAUAGACGAGACUCAUUUUCUCCCGGAGAUUUCGAUUCUCUCAUCGAAGACGAUGAAACAAGAACCGAGGAAGAUUUGGGAACGGAAGCAGACCAAAGUACAAAGACGACCACGACGGCGAAUGACAUUGCAGACGACUUAGAGUUUGCUCAAAGAAUGCUCGCUCUCGAAGAGCGACGGACCAUUGCCACGGAACAACUGCUCCUCCAGCUCAAGGAGUCAAAUCGCCUUCGGCAGAAAAAGAUUGAAUUCAAUAGAAAAAAGUUGUCCUAUUUGAUAGCCAGAGCCAAACGGAAAGAGUUUUGAUCCAAACAAAUAAAUCCCUAAAACUUAA